UACGCUUGCCAUACGGAUGCCAAGGUGGAACAGCUGGAGGUUAUUUUGCAGCGUUGGGAUCUGUUCGUGAGAGUCUGGUCUGCCGGGAUGGCAAACGAGAUGACGACGGAACAGCAUCCGGCGGCCAGUGGUGAGGCAGGUGGCCCUAUCUACCUAUCGCCCUUCGUAUCGGUUGGUGCCUGUUUUGUGAUAUCGAUAAUUUAUGUCGCUAGCCUGUAUGUGUGGAAUUCAAAGCACGAUCGAGACCAUCCUUCAACCAUAAAGCGGCGAUUUUUUAGCGUAUUUGUGGUAAUGCUCGUAGCUCCAUUUUUCGUGCUAACUCUUACCAGUAAGGAUGUGUUCCAGCGUUACACCAUGUGGCAGAUUAUGGGAUUCCGGAAGGAAGGAAUGUUUACUGCCACGUUUGUACCACUGUUACUCACGAUGGUACUGUUUCUUGGUCCGCUAAGUGUGCAGCUAUCGAACGGCAUUUGGCGCAUCUACUCGGAACCUAUGUACUGGAUGAAUGCGAUGCGCAAUUUGGUGUGGUUGAGGAACCAUCUCGUUGCGCCCCUGUCGGAAGAGUUCACCUUUCGUGCCUGCAUGCUGCCCUUGCUACUACAAACAUUUCGACCAUCGAUCGCAAUGCUAAUAACACCACUGCUGUUUGGGCUGGCCCAUCUGCACCACAUCAAGGAACGGCUGCAGAACGGGCGACCGCUACGGGAAGUGCUGGUAGUGUCGUUCUUCCAAUUUUUCUACACCACCAUCUUUGGCAUCUAUUCGGCCCAUUUGUUUGUGCGGUCGGGACAUUUUGUGGCACCGUUUGUAGUGCAUGCGUUCUGCAACCAUAUGGGCUUUCCCGAUGUGCAAGAGGUGCAAUCGCAACCGCACCGGAAAAAGUAUCUUUUUAUCGGGUUUUACGUGCUGGGGUUGGUUGGGUGGAUUAUGCUUUUGCCCACGCUAACCACGCCAAGCUGGUAUGCCAAUAAUCUGUUUUGGGCAUACGAAUUGUAGC